AUGAUAAAAUAGUCAAAUAGAGGCAAUAUUUUCUGUCUCAACUUCCAAUGUUUCUUAAGUUGAGAGGACACGAGAAAGAAAAAAUAAUAAGUACCCCUAAAAUAAAUAAGCAAACGAGGAGAACAGAACAGUGGAUUCUCCUACUCUCUCCGAUGCUGGUAGAUUUGUCCGCCUUUUGAUUGCUCAAACAACAACUCACAUCUGGUACGGAUUCACCUAUGAAACACCGAUAAUUCAAUGCAAUUUACACCUUUCUAAAUCGGCCUUCAACGGGAAUAGAACGUUUUUUCUUGAUUUCCAGCUGAAUCCUUUUGAUCCAUGAUUUCGUUUUCGAUUUCCGUUAUGAUUUCGUGCUGAUCGAAGUUAAGGAAUGGCAUCCAUGGUUGCAAAGGCGUGUACUCCAACAGCUACCACUCAGAUAUCACAAGUUAUGACAGUCUCAGAAAAGGGCAGUAGGAAUAAGAGGAAAUUCAGGGCGGACCCACCUUUAGCCGAUUUGAAUAAAUUCAUACCUACGAUUCAGAAUGAUUGCACAAGUUACGAAUUUUCUGUGGAUAAAUUUGGAAUAAUUCCGAGCCAUACGAGUUUCAAUGGGUGUGAUAUGUGUUGUGGAAAGCAUGAAAUAUCAGAAGGUUUAAAGCUUGACCUCGGAUUAUCAUGUGCUGUAGGGUCAUCAGAAGCAGAGUCAAGCCGGCCAACAACAACAGAAGAUGUUGAAGCUACUGAAGAUUUCCGUGAUGCUGACUGGAACGAUCUCACGGAAUCUCAGCUAGAGGAGCUUCUUUUAACUAACUUAGAUGCAAUUUACAAGAGUGCUAUAAAGAAACUAGUAUCAUGUGGUUACUGCGAAGAGAUUGCUAACAAGGCUGUAUUAAGGUACGGCUUUUGCUAUGGGGGUAAGGACAUUGUGUCAAAUAUAGUGGACAAUGCACAAGCUUUUCUCAAAACUGGCCAAGAGAUUGAUUCAUCCCAGGAGCAUUAUUUUGAGGACCUGCAACAUAUGAAAAACUAUGUUUUGGCUGAGUUAGUUUGCGUUCUGCAGGAGGUUAAGCCCUUUUUCAGCACUGGUGAUGCAAUGUGGUGCCUAUUAAUAUGUGAUAUGAACGUCUCCCAUGCAUGUGCAUUGGACGAUCCUUUGAGCUGUUUUGUUGGGGAAGGGGCUUCAAAUGAAAAUUCACCGGCUUCUUUGCAACCUCGGGUGAAAGCAGAGUCGAAAAGUAUCAAAUCCACUGCUGCAAGUUAUUGUCAACAAGCGACUUCUGCCUUUUGUGCUUAUUGUCCAUCAUCUAUCACAGCUGACACGGCUUCAACUCCACACGGGCGCAACCUUCUCUCUGAUGCACCUGCUACAGUUCCACACACAAAGCCCCAGAGCAUCCACUCUUCUGUCCUCAAUGGUCUUGUCACAGAGAAACAGGGCUCAACCAAUUUGUUUAGCACUGCUCAUAAAUCCUUUAGUGCAGCUGGAAUAUCACAUCCUCUAGUUGCAGAGAAGUUUGUUAGCAGUAGGAAAAAUUCUGGAACCACAAAGAGGGAGUAUCUUCUAAGACAAAAAUCUAUUCAUUUGGAAAAACACUACAGAACAUAUGGUUCUAAAGGGUCUAGAGCUGGAAAGAUGGGAAAGAAUUUUGGUGGGUUGCUGUUGGAUAAGAAACUGAAAGCCGUGGCAGAUUCUACUGGGCUGACUAUGAAAACUGCCCCUUUUAAGAUAAACACGACCAAAGCUGAGGAUCAGAUUCAGAGUAUCACAAACCAUAAUGUCUCAACAAGCACUGGACUUCCUUCUACAUCUAUUUUUUGUUCAGAGAAUGCUAGUGCCACCUUGUCAUUCCCUGUAUCAACUAUCCCUUCUCUAUUUCCACCGCCGACUGAGACCUCUCCAUCAUUUCCUGUUGCUGACACUGAAAAUUUUAUCCCAUUGCCUUCAAAAUGCAUCUCCAUCCAAAUGCCUAUCAGCAGUAGCAAUGAAGAACUUAACUAUGGUAAUACUGCAGGAGAUGAAAAACAUAUUACUCAAUGGGCUGCACGUGACAAGAAAGAAGAAAUGAUUCUCAAGCUUGUCCCAAGAGUCCGGGAACUGCAGAAUCAGCUUCAAGACUGGACGGAAUGGGCCAAUCAGAAGGUUAUGCAAGCUGCUCGUCGACUGAGCAAAGACAAAGUUGAGCUUAAGACACUCAGGCAGGAGAAAGAGGAAGUUGAAAGGCUCAAAAAAGAAAAGAAAAUGUUGGAAGAAAACACAAUGAAAAAGCUGCAAGAGAUGGCUAGUGCCUUAGGUAAAGCAAGUGGGCAGGUGGAUCGAGCUAAUGCUGCCGUGCGAAGGCUUGAUGUUGAGAAUGCUGUGUUAAGAAGGGAAAUGGAAGCUGCUAAAUUAUAUGCAGCUGAUUCAGCUGCCAGCUGUCGGGAGGUGUCGAUGAGAGAAAAGAAGACACUUAUUAGGUUUCAUUCAUGGGAAAAGCAGAAAAUAAUGUUCCAGGAUGAACUUGCUACUGAAAAACGCAAGUCCGCUCAGCUGCGAAAAGAUAUAGAGGGAGCAAAACAUCUCCAAAAUAAACUCGAGGCUAGAUGGAAACUAGAGCAAAAUUCAAAGGAAGAAUUUCUUUCAAAUGCAAGAUCACUAAGAAAAGAGAGACAACAAAUUGAUGCUUCAUUUAAAUCCAAGGAAGAUGCGAUCAAAUUGAAAGCAGAAGGCAACUUACAGAAGUAUAAAGAGGAUAUCGAGAAGCUAGAAAAGGAAGUAUCCCAGUUGAGGCUGAAAACUGACGCAUUGAAUAUAGCUGCUCUUAGAAGAGGCGUAGAUGGGAGUUAUGCAAGUAAACUGACGGACUUCAAAACUCAUCCACAGCCAAAAGAAAACCAUCUACACCAUAUAUCAAGACUGAUAGCUGAUUUCCGUGAUUACUGCAAACCUGGUGGGGUAAAACGGGAACGUGAGUGUGUCAUGUGUUUGUCUGAAGAGAUGUCUGUUGUUUUCCUUCCAUGUGCCCAUCAGGUGGUUUGUACAACAUGCAAUGAGCUCCACAAGAAUCAGGGGAUGAAAGACUGUCCUUCUUGCAGGAGCCCAAUCCAGCAGCGUGUUUGUGCACGUUUCCCUCGCUCUUAGCUUACAUAUGAAGAUUUAAGUCAUCCCGAAAGCAAUAAUGAUUUGUUGCGCAACUCCUGCAUACGAAUAAUAACCUUUGUAUACAAUAUUACAAGGUAGUUUGUGUCCAAUGAUUGCUACCGAUUAAAUUAAGAAAACAAUACUGGAGACAAUGUCAGGCACCGUGAGGCUUGUAAAUCACGUUCUCUUCACAUGAAUAAAGUUUGUGCUUGUUACAAGUGUUUUUCGAAACGGAGUUCAUAUGCAUACUGAUGAUAAUGAAGAGUUGUUUAUUGAUGCCAGAAUUAUUAUCA